UGUGGCAGUACGAAUGAAUACAUCUCAUCUAAUAUUGACAUUUCAUCUAUGACUAUAGUCGUUAUACAUACAGGUUAUGUUUACUUUUUAGCUUGGUAGCCGGGUAAAAACCUUAUUUUUAUUUAGUUUUGGUUGUAAAAUGGCCCAAAUACACUGUGUUCCUGAAGAAAAUGACAAUACUUUACUACCCACUUUAGCGGAAACUCAUUUUGAAGCAAGUAAUCUGUUGAAAAAUGGAAUUUUAGUCGAGACCAGCAAAGGACUAGUCUGCAUGUCGUUAAAUGAUGCUCUUUCUUCCAACUUAAACUUGUCUGCUGAAGAUUUGCAAGAGUUGGCCACUCAACUGAUAUUACAAGAAAGUUCACGCAAAGAUAGUUCUGAUAUAUCUGAUACUUCUUUACAAAUCAAUUCCGAUAUUUGUUCCACGGAUACAACGGCUGAUAGUGACGACCCUACUAGUGAAAGCAGUGACAAUUUAGGAGAGAAAUCUCAAAAUUUAUAUAAACCAUUAGAUGUCCAAACAGAUGAAAUUGCAGUUGUACCAUCUGUUCCAGGAUAUAAAUAUAUUGUUCAACCUAGUACUUCAUUAGAUUCUGAUACAAAUAUUACUGAUAAUGCUAAUAAAUUGAUGGUAAAUUGUAUAAGUAAAAUUAGAAAUGACAGCCUACACAAAAACGUACCUAAAUUAUUUGACCAAAAACCUGUUUUGAUAAGUGAAAAUACUGAUUCCCCUAAGCUGCCAGUUAAAAGAAAAGGAGGUUGGCCUAAAGGACGUAAGCGAAAACCAGAAGUACUGCAUUUACCACCUAAAGCUCCUGCAACUGGCUAUACACUUUAUUUAAAUGAAAUGAGAAAAUCAUUUAAAGACAGCUCUUUAGCUUUUUAUGAAAUAACAAAAAUUCUUGGAAAUAAAUGGUCCAGUUUGAGUUUAGAAGAGAAAAAGCCCUAUCUAGACAGAGCUGAGGAGGAGAAAAAAAGAUAUAGAGAAGAACUACGAGUAUACAGACAAUCUGGAGCUUAUCAACUGUAUUUGGCUAAAAAGAGAAAAAAGAAAGUCCAAAACAAUAUUCUUUCUGAAAGUGAUAUGGAUGCAACUGAUGAUUUUGAUGAUGAAGAUAAUGAAGAACUUUAUUGUCGUACCUGUGACCAAUGGUUUCACAGUCUGCAUAACAAGAAAGAACAUUUACAAGGAAGACAACAUCUUCAAGCAGUUGCAGGUCAUAUGAGAGCUUUAGAAAUUGAUCAUUCCCAUGUUAAUGAAGACGUUAACUGCACAGUUGUUACAAAUAUUGAACUGGAUAACUUUGAUAGUACCAGCAAUGAUUCUUCCUCUGAUUCAGUAACUGAAGCGAUGGCAAAUCUAGUAUCUCUGAUUUCAAAACGCGAUAUGGAGUUAAAAGUUUUAAAACAAACACUUUUGCAUGAAAAACAAGCAAAUCUUUCAUUAAAUCAACAUCUAAAUACUUUAAAACAGCAAGAGAUCCAAUUAAAAAAUGAAUUAUCUACAGAAAUUAAGAAACAAAAAGAUUUGGAAUCUCAAAUUUUGUACUUUCUAGAAAUGACAUACAUUAAUGGUUAAAAAAAUUUUUGAUUUUAUUUUUUGUUUUUUAUUAUAUUUUUAUGAUAGUUUAUUAUUUAUUGCAACUUUUGUAAUAUUUUUAUAUUGCAGGUUUAAUUUAUAUACUGGCUAUUUUGUAUACCUACAUAUUUAUCAAAUUGUGUAUAUAAAUAUUAACUGGACUUUAUAAAGUAUAAAAGAAAAUGAUUUCCUAAAUUUUAUAUAUCGAACUUAAUAUAACAACUAUUUAAUCUUACUUUUACCAAAAAUAUAUUUUAAAAACAUUAAUUCAUAAAGUAGGUCCUAACAUUGUAAUCAUGUCAACUGAGGUAAUUAGGUUGUUCUGUGAUAAUGAAAAUUUAAAAACCGCAGUCAACAUGUGUGAUCUAACACAAACACACUCGUCUACGUAUGUUUAUUAUAUAAUAUUACUGUAAAAAUUAAACUAUUAAGUUUUUCUAUUAAGGGGGCACGUUUCGUUCAAAAUAUGAAUGUGUAAGCCCCUAAAAAUGUGAUAAAUUUUAAAAAGAAAAAAUAAAAAGUUAAACAGUU